AUGGACCAACAAAUUUUAAAUAGCUCAUUCGGAUUUUCAGAGCCUAGUAAACUUCCUGGAUCAGAUAAAGUAGUACUUCAUUUAAUAGUAGGUAAUGAAGCUUUUUGUCUAUACAAACAUAUCAUGAAGCCAUGCACCAGAAAAACAGCGAGUGAAAAUCAUGUAGAAGCUUAAUUACAGAAGUUAAUUAAGAAGUUAAUUACAAAUUGAGUUGUGCACGAAGAUUUUCAAAAAAUGCAUUAGGGUUAUUGGGUCAAACUUUUAGAAUAUUUUAUCAACCAAUUAAUUUAGAGACUACGACUAUUGAUGAUUUAGUAUGGGUAUUUGCUGUGGUCUACAAUAUAUGCUACGUGAGGAAUAUUUAGAGACAAAUAAACGGCCAUUCUUUAAAUUUGAUACUGCAGAAGAAACACCAAUUAAUAAUAUGAUACCGAUGUCGAUUCGAGGAAGUUGUUCAAGUAUUAAAGGUUUUGAAGCUAGAGAUUUAUACAAAGAAUUUUUCAACAACGAAGGAGCCGUUUCCUGGUAA